AUGUCUGACAUGAAAGCAACCGUCGAGGAGACGCCUCAGGGAUUCCAGGUCGUCGGAUACGAGAAGAUCGAGUAUGGCUUCAYCUUCAUCGACAACAUCUUUGAUGUUGAGAAGCCGGAGCUUGCAGACUGCUACAAGAAAUGGGGGAGGGCGUUGGCAGUCAUGGACUCCAACAUCUUCGAGGUCUACGGAGAACGUGUGCAAAAGUACUUUGACCACUACAAGCUCGACCUCUCGGUUCACAAGACCAUGAUUGGCGAAAAGGCCAAGAGCCUUGAUACAUUCUCCAGCAUCGUUGACUCGAUGACUACCUUUGGAAUUAUCCGAAAGGAGCCCGUCCUCGUUAUUGGUGGUGGCCUUGUCACGGAUGUUGCUGGAUUCGCCUGCGCCGCAUACCGCAGGAACACCAACUUCAUUCGUAUCCCCACGACUGUCAUUGGCUUGAUCGAUGCAUCCGUCUCUAUCAAGGUUGCCGUCAACUACGGCAACUACAAGAACCGCCUGGGAGCAUACCAUGCACCAAUGCACACCUUCCUCGACUUCACCUUCCUCCGCACUCUGCCAGAAGCACAGAUCCGCAAUGGAUUCGCCGAGUUGAUCAAGAUCUCCUCGUGUGCUCAUCUGCCAACUUUUGACUUGCUGGACAAGUACUGCGAGCAGCUUAUUUCAACCGGUUUCGGUCGAUCAGACGCUGCCUCGAGCGAGGUACGCAAGGCUGCCGACACGWUCAACCGUGCUGGUAUCCACGAGAUGUUGAAGUUGGAGACACCAAACUUGCACGAGAUUGGUCUUGAUCGUGUCAUUGCCUACGGCCACACAUGGUCCCCACUUCACRAGCUGGUGCCAACAGUUCCCCUCAGACACGGUCAUGCUAUCUCAAUCGACAUGGCAUACUCUGCCACACUCGCGUACGAGCGUGGUAACCUGCCCGAGCAGGACUACAAGAGACUGCUCAACCUAUUCUCCCGAGCCGGUCUCUCCAUGGACCACGCCGACUUCAACGAAGACAUCCUCGACAAGGCUACACAGGCCAUCCUCAAGACCCGUGAUGGUAAGCUCAGAGCUGCCAUCCCUGCUCCUCUGGGUGACUGUGUAUUCCUCAACGAUGUCACCCGCGAGGAGAUGAACGCCGCUCUGCGGAAGCACAAGGAGGUUGUCAAGAACUACCCACGCAAUGGCUUGGGACUCGAGGCAUUCGUUGACGCCAGCGACACUGGUUACACACAGAACGAGAAGCCUGUUGAAUCCAACGGCGCAAUCAGCAACGGGCUGAAGAAGAUCAAUGUGCUCAACGACGAUGCGGCUGCGGUUGCCAACGGACACACCGCCAAUGGCCACACCAACGGUACCAAUGGUACCUCUGCCAGUGUCAAGGCUGCCACAAAGCACGCUUCUGGUCCAGAGGGUGUUGAUGGCCUUCAGAACGGACAUGACUGUUGCUGA